AAUGCACUCACACACACACACACACACAACACGGAGCAGAAAUCCAAACAAACUCCUCCCACUCUUUUGUGACAGACAAGACCAGCUGUAACCCUCGCCAUGCCUCUGCUCUCAAGGAUCAUCUUUGACGCGCACGACCAAGACAAGUCGGGCAACAUCGACGCCAGCGAGCUCAAGGCGAUUGUGUACAAACUUGGACACCCCAUGUCUGAUGAGGAGAUUGAGACCUCCCUGCGCAUCAUCGACAAGGAUCAAUCUGGAAAGAUCACAUAUGACGAGUUCAAGAAGUGGUGGGCACAGAAGGACAGGUUCCAGGUGCUGAAGGAUGAGCAGGAGAACCAGAAGAAGGCCGAAGAGUGGGCGCAGUGGCUGCAAGUGACGACGGACCACUUCAACUACUUUGACAAAGAUCGCAACGGCGCCAUCUCGCGCGAAGAGUUUGCUUCCCUCUACGACAACCUCAAGCAAUCAUAUGACCUUGGUUCGCUUGAUGAUGCGCUGGCUGAGCUGGACGCCAACCACGAUGGCAGCAUCUCUCUCAAGGAAUACGUCAGGUGGCUGCGUGGACGCACGGGCAACUAAUAACCCAUGAUCCUUUGCGCCUACGCGUGCGCGCACGUGUGUGUGUGUGUGGGGGGGGGGGGGGGGGGGGUGUGUGU